AUGGCACAUCAAGCAGCUACGGGGAAACCCGCUCGCUUGGCUACGUCAUGUACUGAAUGUCAGCGUCGAAAGCAGAAGUGUAGUCGUGAUUGGCCAUGCAACCAUUGUCAAGCAAGAAGAGUGGCUCAUCUAUGCAAAUUCCCCCCCAAGAAGACGCUCAAAGUGACCAGAUCCAUGACUAACAAUGCAAGUAUAGACACACCACAGACAACUUCCGUAGAGUCGAAUCCCGAAGUAUCAAGUUCUAGUACGAUCACGGCAAUUACCAACGACAAUGCUUUUCCAAUUUCUCCGGGUCCCUGUAGCACUAUUCAGCCGGAGAUGGGGAAAGCUAUCCGUUUAGUCCCUCCAAAACCAUACACAGACAUCCUGGUACAGCACUUUCUCAGUGAGAUCAAUCCGCAUUACUAUUGUCUCUACCCGCCUACAUUCUCGCACGACUAUGCUACAUGGUGGUCUGGCAAGGCGGCGGGUCAAGCGUUGACUCCUGAGUUUACUUGUCUGCUCUUACGCAUAUGCGCCUGCGCAACCUUAUGUCUGGACUUUGAUGCUCGACAGAAGCUGGAGACGGAGCUCGGGGAGAACGCCCAGAAUAUGGCUGAACAGUAUCAUCAUACUGCCAAACAGCUUAGCAGCACCAUUGCACCCGGUAAAGGCGGGCUGACUCAAGUGCAACAACUGUUCCUCAAUGCAGUUUACUACAAAAGUGAAGCACAAUUUGUUGAGGCAUGGCAUGCCCUGGGCGCUGCGAUCCACCAAGCACAGGAAUUAGGCAUGCACAAGAGUUCAGCCAAGGCGAUCGUCUCAGAGUUCGAACGCGAAAUGAGAAGGCGAAUUUGGUGCAUAUCGUAUACUUGGGAUUGGCAAAUGUCUCUAUUAUUAUCGCGACCAUUCAUCAUCAACAGCAACUACUGCUCUUUUGAAGUGCCCAACCUACGCCUCGAGAGCCCUGAUCCCGAGGAGUUCGGGCUUUCGCCAGUCGCUCACAUGACCUUCCAAUGUCAACCCGGACAGACUAUCUCCAAGAUACCCGGUGUGAUGGGUGGCAUAUUGUCCCCCGCACAGGCCAUUACCAUCCAACGAGAGACUGAGAAACCAAAAAACCCCGACACUUGCUGGGAUCAGUCUCACAAACACGUGGCGGUGCAUCGGCAUCAGCUACAUGCAAUCGGGUAUAUGGUAAUGCUUCUGCCUUUGAAGCCAUGCCUUACAACGGCUGUCGAUCAAGACCAACCCAGCAUUGAGAGGAGUCCUCGACCGACUGCUGUCGACUGCGCACUGAAGCUUUUGGAAUCAUCGCAGCAGAUGCUAGCCUUUAUGCUACCUGCAAACGCCAAGUUCCACUACGCCCCCUUCUUUAUCUUUGACACAGCAGCGUUCCUAUGCUCUGCAAUUAUCCAUGAUCACAACAGCACUCUCCCCGGCCGAGACAAGAUGAUCGAAGCGAUUUCGACAGCUCUCGAAGCGCUGGAACAGAUAUCCGAGAACACAAAGACCGGUGCCAUCUGCUAUGCAGUACUUAACAGGCUUGCGAGUAGUAUGAAUCUCACUGAAGAGGAGAAGGCGGCCAUAUUCUCCAGAUCGUCGGACGGAUCCCUCGAAGGACCCAGUACACCUCCUUCGGCAUCUCUAGGAUCUACUGCAUAUCUUGAUGCCACCUCUGCUUCCACGGAUCUGGAUUUGCCGUGGAGCUCUAUAGAAGCUGGCAUCAACUAUUCGUUACCUUUGGGAUUGAGUCCCUCGGCAGCAGGGACCGGCGAUUUUGCCGAGAGGGACGGUCUUUCCAGCAUCGAUAUGUGCGAAUUGGGCCAAAUACGGGACUGGGGUAAUCUUGACCUGAACCUGCAAUGGCCCCCUGCUACCUAG